GCCAGUGACAGCUGAGGGAGCAUGGCAGGGCUCAAUGUCCGCAGCGUUCUGGUGACUGGAUCCAAUCGGGGAAUCGGGCUGGAGCUGGUGAAGCAGCUGCUGGGGAAAUCAAACCCGCCACAGUGGGUCUUUGCCACCUGCCGGGACCCAGAGGGAGCACGAGGACAGGAGCUGCGGAAUCUGGUUUCCAAACAUCCGAACCUGGUGAUGGUGAAACUAGAUGCCGUGAAUCCAGCGAGCAUUGAGGAAUCAGCCCGGAGGGUUGAGGAGCAGCUGGACAGCUCGGGCCUGAACCUGGUCAUAAAUAAUGCUGGCAUUUUCUCUGAAGUGUCUCUGGCAAAGGUGGAUUCUGAAGAGAUGCUGGAUGCCUACAAGACUAACGUGGUUGGGCCAAUGUUGGUGGGCCAGGCGUUCCUGCCCUUGCUGAAGAAGGCUGCCCAGGGAAGUAGCCAGAAAGGGCUGAGCUGCAGCAAGGCGGCCAUUAUCAACAUCUCUUCUGUUCUGGGAUCCAUCGAGAGAGUCCCUGAGACGUUCUUCAAGCCAGUUAUCUCCUACCGCUGCAGCAAGGCUGCUCUCAACAUGCUGACCCGGUGCCAGGCACUGAGCUACGCAGAGGACGGGAUUCUGUGCGCUGCAGUUCACCCCGGCUGGGUGCAGACAGACAUGGGCACCCAAGAGGCUGACCUGCCCGUGGAUGAAAGCGUGCGGGGGAUUCUCGCCAUGCUUCCUGCCCUCUCCGAGAAACACAGCGGGAGCCUCUGGAGCUGGGCAGGGAAGACUAUUCCCUGGUGAGAGAGCAGCACGGUAUGUGGGCUGAGAGCAGAGGUGCCGGGUGCCAGAAGCCCUGCGGCCCAAGAGGGGAGGCCAUGACCUCAGGCGGUGCCCAGCUGCACAUGCUCCAUUGAAUCUGUGUAAGUGUUUGCAGAGCUGAGGUCACUGAGUAGAAAUCCCUUGUUUGUAAAGGCACCGGUGGGUUCCACACAGUCAGUGUGAUCCGUAGAUGGGGCCAUGAGCUUCCUGUAGCUGAGUCACUAAUAAAUACCCUGAGACACAGACAGUGCCAGUCCUCUCUCUUUUCCCAGCAAGCCCCAGGCUCCCCUGCAGAUGGGGUGUCUGCCCUGGCCUGCUGGUACCACGCGGCGCCCUGGCCCCUCUCUGCCUGCCCUCUCCAGGACUCCAGAGCCCGAUUCACAUCACCUGUGCCUGUCUGCGUGUGCACUUACCACUUGGCCAAACAGGAGCUGCACACAUGCGUGACUGGACAGGUAUGCAGCUGCUCAGGAACCUGGUGGGUGGAGAGUGCUGGCUGGGGGCUGGCAGAGGUGGAGGCGCAUUUCUCUGCCACAACCAUCUAGGGUUAAAACUUGCCGUUUCUCUCCCCCUCUGACGUGGACCCAAAGAGCCUGUCCUCUGAUGCGGCUGGGCUACCCUGAGCUAGAGCUGACACGUGGCUAGGAUUGGCCGGGCUCAGAGCCCGAGGGGCAGCCUACAACUCACGGUACAAUGGCAGUGGUGGGGGGCCACCUGUGCGCCCCCUGAUCCUGGGCUGCUCUGGGGCUGGAGAGGCCCUGGUGGGAGUUAGACAACCUCUGGGUGCUGCUCCAUAGGUUACAUUGCUGCAUCCCCAUCCCAGCACUCCCAUCUCCCCACCAGCCCUGCCUGCCGCCUGGCCUCUUUGCAAGGGAUUCCAUGGAGGAACUGCUGUGGAUAUAGGGUCCUUAGAGGGGCUAACAUGAGACUCCCAAAGUAACCAU